GACUUAUUAUUGUUGCGGCAUUCAGGCAUUGAGUGGUUGGUUGCUGUACGGUGUUUUGGUUUCGGGCACAACAACAACAAAGGACGUGCUGUGUUGUUGUUAUGUUAAUAAAAAAAAUUAAAUAAAAAAUAUUGAUGUAAAAUACUUGAUAAAAACACUGAUGACAAAAUUCAAUUAGAAUUGCGUAAUACAAAUAGUUUAUUAAUUUCUGAAGAGUUUCGCCCGAAAAAAGGAUAUUUCUGUCUGUGAACGCACAAAUAAACAGAAAAAAAGAGAUUGAUUGUUGCAAAAAACAAAAAAUCAAUGACUUCGGCGAUGGACGUAAAUGUUAAAUUGUCUCGUCUGCUACUGUUGGCACAUAAAUUUAAUAACUUUUACUUGAAUGGUUUUCAAAAAGGAGACAUACGUCCUUUCCUAGUCGAAGGUCAGCAAGUGGGCCUGAUUAAGUCCGAUGUGAUAAAACAGCUUAAUAAAUACCCUGAAGUAUUUUGCAUACGUGAUUGUGAAUAUACCAAACAGGGUAUAGUGGAACUGAAUCCGGCAUUUCGUGAUUAUUCUGAGCGCACUGAGAAGCUUGAUCAAGUAUUAAGGGAGCUAAGAUCGAAGGGUCUAUUUUCGGCCUUGCAGGGAUGGCGUGAAGAGUAUUAUGAAGUUAAAGCUGAGCACAAUAGCCUUUUGAAGAUGGAUCGUUCUGCCACACCCUUGUUUGGUGUGCGCAAAUACGGCGUAGACAUCAAUGGCUACGUUAAGCAUCCAACCCAAGGUCUUUGCAUUUGGUUACAACAACGUUCCAAUACCAAAGAAACGUGGCCUGGCAAAUGGGACAACAUGGUUGGUGGUGGUUUGUCUGUGGGUUAUGGCAUCAAAGAGACGGCCAUCAAGGAGGCAGCCGAAGAAGCCUCCAUACCAAGUGAUCUCGUCAAAAAUCUCGUUUCGGCUGGCUGUGUUUCGUUCUUCUUUGAGAGCGAUCAAGGCCUGUUUCCCAAUACGGAAUAUGUAUUCGAUUUAGAGCUGCCAGUUGACUUUGUACCACAUAAUUCCGAUGGUGAAGUUCAGGCGUUUGAAUUGCUACCCGCCAAGGAGUGUAUAGAAAGAGUUUUCACGUCCGACUUUAAGACCACUUCAUGUCCAGUUGUUAUAGAUUUUCUUAUAAGGCAUGGUUUCGUUACUCCUGAAAAUGAAUUUUGGUUUACUCAAAUCAUCGAACUUUUACAUGUCCCCUUGCAAUCGUUGUACACGUACAAGCAAAAACUGGAGGAGAGCAGAAAACUGCAACAGAAUCAUCUACAAGCACCACUAUCAACGGAUCCACAAUCAAUAGAUAAAUUAGCCAAUAACAAAAUAAUUGAAAAUGGGCAUACCAAGCCCAUAACCGAGGCCAAUUAAACGCAUAUGUACGUACGUACGUAAGCAAACAAACAACGAUUCAAAUUGAUUGCAUAUUGCAGAUUCUCUUGAAAUGCCCUUUUUGAAAGACUGCAUUAUAAAUUUUAAAAAUAGUUUAGCACUCACACAUCCUUCGCCGCCUACACAUACAUAGAAAUACAUACAUACAUACAUAUAAAAUAUGUUCGUUCUACUUAGAUAACAAAUAAUAUGUGGCAAGCUGAAGCUAUUACAAAUGAUAAUAGAAACCCGCCCAGCCCCUAGUCCCAAAAAAUGAGACAGAUUGGACAGAAGCUAAAUGAAUCUAUCUAUAUAUAUAUAUAUAUACGAUACACUCCAGAUCAUCAGCUUGACAAUGUACGAGCGUAGGAGCAUAUAAUGUCUGUAUUUUAUUUGCUGUGUAUACUUUUAAAUAUAAAUUAUAUAUAAAAGAAAAACAAAAAAUAUCUAUAUAUACAUACAUUUCUAUAGGAAGCUUAGAUUUUCACUUUAUUCUAUAUCCAUAAAAGCAUUAACAACCACAUAUAUACUUAACUUGGCUUUAAAGAAUCCAAAUGAAAUAAGGAAAAUAAUAAUUUAUAUAUAAGUAGUGCCUGUUAUGGUUUUGAUUCAAAACAUCGUUUCCAGAAAAGAAAUUCCACUUAAUGUUAAAAACUAUCUUUGUUCGUAAAUCUUUGGUCAUAAUUGUAUAUACAUAUAUAAUUUCUUUUAUGUUUUUAGUCUGCCUAACCAGUUUAAUCUUUACCAUAAUGUGACAUAUUCAAUAUAAUUGAAUUUAAAACAGUUUGACGCCAAAUUAAGAAAUAACAGCGCCCAUUGAUUGCACUUGAAUGGGCAUAUUUCUUUUUUUAACCUAUAUUUAUUAUUAUUAUAUACAUAUAUAUUUAUUAUGACACUAGUUUUACUACAAUACUUACGCGCAUAUAUACAACCAAAAAAAAAUAAAACAAAAGAAAUGUUUACUUAAUACUUCCUCUUGGUCUACUUUUCUGUAUUUAUAUAUAUAAAGAAUAUACAUGAUACAUGUUUAUAUUAUUGUUUGUUUGUUGUAGGUUCGCGUUCCCUUCUUAACUUCCUUCUUUUUUGUAUUAUACAACCAAAGUGCUCAAAUUCAAUUUAAUAUUC